AUGGAUCUCUGCCUCCUUAAAUUCAACGAAAAUAUCCUUUCUGCUGGAACUGGCACUGCUAAAGUUUGUCUGUCUGACUCUUAUCCUGAAGGCGGGAAAGCUUGCUGGAUCGCUGGUUGGGGAUUGAUCGAAGACGGAGGUACUGCAGCUUCGGAUCAGCUUAAAAGUGUUGGAGUCAAUAUCCUCAGCCAAAGCUACUGUCUCCAAAACACCAUCCACAAUUUCUUAUUCGCCGACGACAUCUGUGUGGGCUCUCCAGACACGACAGGCAACAACCUGAUAGACGGUGGCAUCGGCGCUUGCCAAGGUGACUCUGGCGGACCUCUCGUUUGCGACGUCAAUGGUGCAGCGACGUUGAUGGGAGUAACGAGCAGGGGAAACGUUUGUGGCGGAGAAGGUCAGCCUUCUUUGUACACUUCGAUUUCUACCGACGACUGGAUUUCUACGACUAUUGCUGCAAAUCCUUGA